AUGCCAUCACUUAGAUGCCAUUGCUCAGCAAAUUUCGUUUUAGAACUGCUCCGGUGUGGCCAGGCCUGCAAGGAGUUCGACGCAGCGUACCGCGAGGUGGCGCGGAAGGUGCAGCAACGCAGCUUGCUCCGCCAACGGCACCCUUCAAUGUCGCAGGUGAUCAUUGCAAGAAUGGACCAGUCAGCGAACGAGCACACAGAGUUGAUUAAGGGUACGCCCUGGUUGCGCUUUUGGCAGCGGCUGCCACACCCGCUCAGUGCUGAUAAGAAGAAGCGGGGUGUCGAUGUGGAAUUGCGAAGCGUCGACACUAUAUUGGAUUUUCUGGAUGAACAGGAGCCAGUUGCAGGAGCGCUCCCCUUCCGAAGAGCUUUGAGAGCGCCAAAGUGUGCUUGGACAAAUGAGAAAAGGACUACGACUACUCAAACACCGCAGUGGUUGGAGGCCUUCAAGAUGGGUGCGUGA